CCGCCGCUCUCCGCCCGCCGCCGCCGGCGCCCGGCCUGCCGCCCGCGCUUCAUGGCUGCGCAGGAAUGGGACUGGUUCCAGCGCGAGGAGCUCAUCGGGCAGAUCAGCGACAUCCGCGUGCAGAACCUGCAAGUUGAGAGGGAAAAUGUGCAGAAGAGGACUUUUACUCGAUGGAUAAAUCUACAUCUUGAAAAGUGUGACCCACCUCUAGAAGUUACAGACCUGUUCGUUGACAUACAAGAUGGCAAAAUCCUAAUGGCUUUGUUAGAAGUCCUGUCCGGGCGAAGUCUGCUGCACGAGUACAAAUCCUCCUCGCAUCGGAUUUUUCGAUUGAACAACAUAGCAAAAGCACUUACGUUUCUGGAAGAAAGCAACGUGAAACUGGUUAGCAUCGAUGCAGCAGAAAUAGCGGACGGCAACCCCUCUCUGGUUCUCGGGCUGAUAUGGAACAUCAUCCUCUUCUUCCAGAUUAAGGAGCUCACGGGCAACCUCAGCAGGAGCUCCCCAUCUUCCAGCCUGUCGCCGGGCUCGGGGGGCACAGACUCGGACUCCUCCUACCCACCCACCCCCACGGCGGAGAGGAACGUGGCCAUAGCGGUGAAAGACCAGAGGAAGGCCAUCAAGACGCUGCUGGCGUGGGUGCAGAGGAAGACGAGGAAGUAUGGCGUGGCGGUGCAGGACUUCGCGGGCAGCUGGAGGAGCGGGUUGGCUUUCCUGGCUGUGAUCAAGGCCAUCGACCCCAGCCUGGUGGACAUGAAGCAGGCCCUGGAGGAGUCUCCGCAGGAAAACCUGGAGAGGGCUUUCCGAGUGGCACACGAUGCCCUGCACAUCCCCAGGCUCCUGGAGCCAGAAGACAUCAUGGUUGACGUGCCGGACGAGCAGUCCAUCGUGACUUACGUGGCGCAGUUCCUAGAACGUUUCCCCGAGCUGGAAGCCGAAGAGUUCAUGGAUCCAGAUAAAGAAGUUCCCAUCGAGUCCACCUUUGUCCGCAUCCGAGAAACUCCUCCUGAGCAGGAGAGCAAGGUCCUCCUCCUGACGCAGAAUGGGGAGCGAACCUACACCGUGAACCAUGAAACCAGCCACCCGCCCCCUGCCAAAGUCUUCGUCUGCGACCGGCCCGAGGGCGCACAGGGCCCGGGCCCUGCUGGCCUGCCCAGCAGCGGGCUGUCAGACAGCUCUGCUGAGUUUGUGUACCAGAUCAUCGACCAGGUCCUUCAGACCGGUGCCACCAGUGAGCCUGCUCCCGAAGCCUCCGUCUUGUCCAUCAGGAGGGACAGCCGCAGGCCCAGCUUGCCGCCCACCAAGAAAACCGUCCACUUUGAAGAUGGCACCUACAAGGACCCCUCCGGCAGCCAGGAGCCUUUCUACAGCCCAGACUUCCACUUUGAAGGGAGCCCCAGGCCUGCGAGGGAGCUGCUGAAGCAGGGCUGGCGUGCCUCGGUGGAGGACGACACGGAGGAAGGGAAGCCGGAAGAAGCAGCCUCACUGAUCCCAGAGGCCGCCUCCAGUGAGGUCCCUGGCACCUAUGAAUUAGUGAGUCCUGUGCAGCCACCCCAGGAUUCUUCCUCCUUUAAUGGAGCCUUAGAGGGUCCCGCCAGCCGCGGGGAAGAAAGUCCUACUCUUCUGCCCCCUGGGGUAAAUACUGUCCUGGCCAACUCCAUGGAGAUCAAAGUUAAGCUGCAGACUGCAGAACCGCUGGGGAACGAAGACUGUCUGGAAGGUGUCCCAUCGCACGCUGCGAAGUUCAUCAGCGAUGUGUUAGACUUUGCUUCUUAUAGCCAAGGUGAGGCUCCUUCUGGCGAACAUGCAGCUGGGGAGGACGGGGAGGCGGCCUCUGGGAACUGUGUCCAGGAGCCACGAGUGGGGUGUGACAGACACGAGCCCCCCACAGGCUCUGGACAAGAAUCUCCAAGCUAUUCUUCAUCCCUGAAAGAGACACCUGUGGAUAGAAAGCCAGCGACACUUGUGUGUGAAAAGGCCAAGAGAAAGUCCCCCCGGCAUCGCAGUGAGGACGAGGAGGAAGCCAGCGGCCCCCCAGGGCUUGCUGAAGAAUUGUCCUGCAGCUCCCUGAGGACCAGCAUCAGCUUAGAGACCCUGGGCAGUCCCAGUGAGGAAGGCCUGGAUUUCAAGCCCUCACCUCCCCUCUCCAAGAUUUCUGUCAUUCCCCACGACCUCUUCUAUUUCCCACACUACGAGGUGCCCCUUGCUGCAGUUUUAGAGGUGUAUUCGGAAGGCACAGAGGACGUGAGGGACAAGGACUGUCUGCCUGACCUGGACCCUGGAGAGGAUGCCGAAGGCUCCUGGAGCAGGUGCAGCUUCUCAGCCCUGGGUGAGGAUCUCCCCAGAGCCAGCAGCCAGGAGCUGUCUCCCGACAGGCUCAUCACAGUGGCCACGCCAGCCUCAGAAGCCGCUCCCCCAGCCCUGCAUGAGAACCAGCAGCCAGGGGAGACCAAAGGCAGCGAGCCUGCAGAGAGCCAUCAGUCCCAAGAAUUCCCAGACUCAGAGAACGCAGCAAACUCAUUAGAAGAAAAGGUAAUGGAAGAAUCAACCAGCAGUAAAAAAAAGGAGAAAAGAAAACAUGUGGACCAUGUAGACAAUUCCUUAUACAGAGCACCCGGGAUGGUUCAGUCCUCCGAUGACAUAGGAGACGUGGACGACUACGCGGUCCCUUCCAGGACUAGUCACAGUGACUCCAGCAUUUACAUUCGACGUCAUAGUAAUAGAUCUUUGGAGUCGGACCAUAUUAGCUUUGUUCAGUUGAGGAAUGCAGCAGAUCUGGAUGAAAGAAGAAACCGAAUGUUAACCAGGUACAAUACUCAGAAGCUCAUUGAGCUGAUUUUACAGUUUUAUGGCAUCAGAGCAGACAUGAAGAGGGAAUGCAAACAUGCCGGGAUGUCUAUGAAACCCAGCAGCUCUGGAGAAGCUGAGUCCCUGGGGACCCAGAGCCCACAGAGCGACUCCCUGACGCAGCUGGUCCAGCAGCCGGACAUGAUGUAUUUUAUCCUCUUCCUCUGGCUCCUGGUCUACUGUCUGCUGCUCUUCCCACAGCUGGAUGUCACCAGGCUCUGAUGCGUGUAUCUGCAGAAUAAAAAAGACAGGACCCCGACCAGGAGUGGGGUCUCUUCAGUUCAUUUUAAUUUUGGUUCAGGAUCGGGCCACUUCUGCAGAGAGUGGAAGACCUCCUAGGAGAUGUAGGCCCCUACGCUGUUUUGUUCUUUCUUGUAUUUCCUCUUCCUUCCAUAAGCCCCAAGAGCAUGCUUUCCUCUCUAGCUAUGUGCUCAGAACUCAGGUUUGUGGCUGAAUCUUUAGGUGGGUUUUUCCUGUGUGCCUUGCUUAGUUAGAUGGUAAGCAUCGAUACUCGUAGCCAAAACCUGGGGCAUAGCUCGUGGACUUGCAGAUUUUUAAGGAAGGUCCUGGAUGAACUUGUGCUAAGGACCUCUCAGAUGAGGGUCCGUUUGGUGAGAAAGCACCGGUGCCUCAGGCUGAGUCCCCACCGGGACGAAAACUGCCUUAUUUUCCUCCAGGUGGGGGUGUUUGUGUGUACAAGGACAAGGGGUCCACAGCCCUGUUGCAGUCUGGUAAAACCUAGCAGCAUAAAGCCCACGGCUCCCAGCAAGCACAUUUAGGAAAGGAGCAUCCAGCAGAGAGAGCAAAGGCUUUGUUGCUAGCCACAGCACCUUCGCUUUUGGGGAAGGGUGGCUGGGGCAGGGAGAUGCAUUUUUAAUUUGCUUUUGCAUUGAUUGGAUCGAGGUAGAGCUGUGAUUUGCAAACCUUCUCUACUCAAGGGACGCUGCUGUCAAAUGAAACCUGAGAUGGGCCAGUCUAGACGAUGCAUUAAAAGCAGAAGUCUGGCUGGCUGGGGCCGGUCCUGAGACACCACUCCUCUCCCAUUUUGCGGAGCUCCUGUGCAGAACCUCAAGGUCCCGCAGGGCCCUGCAAAAGGCCUGAGCAGCAGCAGAAGGAGCGAGGCUGAGAAUGAGCCCCCACCGAAGCCAGAGCCAGCGGGGGUCCUGCAGGCUGGCGCUCAAGAGAGCUUUGUGCACAGCAGCCCCGGGGUGCCCCAAGCACCCGCCAGCAUCCUUUGCUUUAGUCCCGAUGGGUUUCUUGAAAAGGCUUUCUGGGCAGACCAAAGGCAUCUCUCCCGCCUUCCCAUCUUCCUGCUGAGACUCAGGUCAGUGAAGACUGUGUGUUCCUCCCUGCUCUUCCCUCAGCUGCAUGGAUUAGGCACCCUGUGACAUUGUACACUUGUUAGGAAGGGCCUCAGGGAUCAUCUUGUCCAGUCAAACCCAGGGUGGCAAAGCGGGCUGACCAAGGUCACAGUGACUUCCACUAGCACCCAAGCCACCUGAUGCCUGGUCCAGAGCUGCCAUGUUCAAAGGGAGACUUUUAUCCCACCCGUAAAUGUCCCCCGAAGUGAUAAAUUACCUAGAUAAAACAUCCUCAUUCAAACACAACCAGUGUCUUUUGGACCAUCUAUCAUUGUUUUGCUCUCGUACUUUUUCCACAAGGAAGUUUCCUUUACCUUCAAGCCUAUGCCCUGCUCUUUCUGAAAUAUUCUUGGCAGGAAAGGAAAGAAUUCCUUCCUGGCAAGCCGAUUUCAGACAGUGGGUUUCAAGCAUACAGGCUUCCAGCAUGACUAAAACAAUCUACAUAGCACAUCUGAGUCUGCGACAGCCAGAAUCUGACCUUUAAGCCAUCCGAUUGUAGUCUGCCUCCCCUCCCUGAGAGAAUUGCAUCCUUCCAAGGAGAAAGCUAUUGAGAGCUUGGAGUGAUUCUCGAAGGCCAGGAGCUGCAUAGAAAAUGAGCUAAUUAAUGAGCUCCCUGGUAUCAUCAAAAGCUCAAAGGUACAGAUAAUAAAGAUUAUGUGAUAUUUUAUAGCCCUGUGCACCAUGCAGUCCUUGCCCAAAUUAGAUGCCCAGGAAGAGCUGACCCAAGUCUGAAUCAUUUCACUUUAGGGAUCUAGACCUUGUUCAGAGAAAUCUCUGCAGACUUCUUCUCUCACCUAUUACAACUUGUGAUGUUCUUUAAAACAGCUGCUGGCAAGAUGCCUGAUAGGCAUUUGGUUCCAGUUGGCAGUAAACUGGCUUUUUUGAAAGAAAAAAAAAAUCUCAUUUGAAUAUAGGCUUAUAUGGAAGUUGAAUAUAGGGGGCUGCUGGAAAAACCAGUCAAUUGCUUUUUU